ACAGAACACACCAACAGCUGUCCUUGUUAUUCUAUCCCCUCCUCCAUCUAUUUCCUAAUAUUUGAACAAUGGACUUUGUACUUCCAAUGUUCUACUGAAAACAGAGAGUUACAGGAGAGGAAAACCUUCCCCAACAUGGGGCUAGGGCAGAGAGAAACCCUGUUUUGCUUUAUUUUCAUCUUAUCACCCCUCCUAACGUUUGCAGUUUUCCUAAACAAUAAAGAGGCAGACAGUGUAUUGAAGAGUAGGGUGAGGAGAGCCAACUCAAUUUUUGAGGAGUUCAAGGCACCCUCUUUGGAGCGGGAAUGCAUUGAAGAAACCUGCUCAUAUGAAGAGGCCAGGGAAAUCUUCAAGGAUGAGCGACGUUUGAAAGAAUUUUGGAGGACAUACAAAGAUGCCAAUGACUGUCUCUCCAACCCCUGCUUGAAUGGAGGUAUCUGCAGUGACCAGUUUCAGUCAUAUGUCUGCACCUGUCCAGAAGGUUAUGAGGGUAGAAACUGUGAAACAAAUGUGGAAGAGUCAAUAACAUGUGAAAAUGAUAAUGGACAAUGUGAUCAGUUCUGCCAUAGCUCUGAGGAAGAACAUCGGCAGUGUGUGUGUAUGGAAGGCUAUGCUCUGGGCCAAGAUGGAAUAUCAUGCAUUCCAACAGUAAACUAUCCAUGUGGACAAAUACCCGUGUUGAAGAAAAAGAAAACACUCUUUCGGAUUGUUGGUGGUGAAGUGUGUCCUAAGGGAGAGUGUCCCUGGCAGGCUAGACUGGUCUUAGACAAAAAAUCCGAAUAUCUUUGUGGAGGGACUUUAAUUGCACCAAACUGGGUUAUCACUGCUGCACACUGUGUAAAGCCAAAUCUUGUAAAUAAACUAUCUGCUGUACUUGGUGACCAUAAAAUCAGUGCCUAUGAAGGAACAGAACAAGAGCGCAAAGUGGUUGAAAUAAUUGUUCAUGAAAAUUAUCGUAAGGUUACAGCAAACUAUGACCACGACAUUGCACUUCUCAGGUUGAAUGCUUCUGUCAAUUACACUGACUAUGUGGUUCCCAUGUGCCUGCCGGAGACACCGUUUGCCGUAAGAGUUCUCUUGCACCUCAGCAGCUCUUCCACGGUCAGCGGCUGGGGUCGCCUGUUGGAUGGCGGGGCAACUCCUGACAUCCUGAGGAGGGUGAGGCUGCCUCGAAUUAUGAGCCAGCAGUGUAGGGAACAGACAGGGUUGAACAUUACAGAAAAUAUGUUUUGUGCUGGCUACACCGAUGGCUCCAAAGAUGCUUGCAAAGGUGACAGCGGUGGCCCAUAUGUCACAAAGUAUAAAGGGACGUAUUACCUCACGGGUAUUGUCAGCUGGGGCCUGGGGUGUGCUAAAGUAGAUAAGUAUGGUGUGUAUGCAAGAGUGUCCCGAUAUACAACAUGGAUAAAUAAGCACAUGAAUCAAACUAUUACUUGAAGGUGUUUAUUACCUAGCAUAAUCUACAUCUAUUUAAAUAUUCUAAUAAAAGUGUCAGUUCAUCUUUGUUACAUAAUAAAAAUAUGUUGUAAUCCUGUCAUUUAAAGCUAACCUGUGACCUACACAAAGCAGAACAAUACAUGAAUCUCUUAAUAAACACAGUAUACAGCUAAAUGUGA